AUGGCUGGGCUCUCCCACGAAGAGCAGCAGGCGGCGGCGUUUGGCCUGGGCGAGUGCCUGCAGUUGUGGGCGGAUGCAUUGCUGGACACAGCUGCCGCUCUGCCGGACUCCGAGCUCACAGUGCAAGCAGAGUCCCAAGCGGCCAACUCUGCAGCCUCGCUCUACGAGCGCGCCGCCGCCGCCUACUGCGCCGUCGUCGUCGCGCCAGGCGGCGUAGUCCGGCCAGACGCGGCCGUCAACGCGGCCAACUCGCUGUGUGCGUGGGCGGAGCGAGCCCUGGGGGCGAGCAUGGGCGGCGGCGGCGGUGGCGGCGGCGGCGCGGAAGCGGAGGGGGCGCUGCUGCAGCGGGCGGUGGAUUUGUACAAGGCGGCGCUCCAGCAGGAGGAGGAUGCUCUGACGCUGAGCAACAUGGCUGACGCCUUGGUGCAGCAGGGCGAGCGCCUGGCAUCUGCCGGCGACGCUGCGGGCGCCCGCGCCGCGUUUGGCGAGGCGCUCGCGGCGUACGAGCGCAGCUGCGGGCUGAGCGAUUCCGAGGCGGGGGACGACCUGCCGUCUCUGCUGCACAACUGGGGGGAUCCCGGUGAGCGCCGCGCGCUGCUGGAGCAGGCCGCGCAGCGCCUGCGCCACGCGAUGCAAUUCAGCCGGGGCGACACCGCGCCCGCCAACGCGCUUGGGGACGUGCUCAUGGACGCAGCUGAGCUGCUCUCGAGCGGCGUGCUGCAGGGCGGCGGCACACAGCAGCAGGCGCAGCAGCAGCAACAGCAGCAGCAGCAGCAGCAGCAGCAGCAGCAGCAGUUGGCGGGGGCGCAACCCAGCGCGGACAGUCUCGCGGCUGCGGCAGCCACGGCGCGCGCCGCAGCAGAUGAAGGGUACCAGGCGGCGCUGACGAUCAGCCGCCACAACGCCGACGCGUUGGUGGGGCUGGCAGAGGCGGGCGUCGCGUUGGGGCGGCUGGCGGCGGCGGCCGGGGACGCGCUGGCGGCAGGGCAGCACUUCAAGGCGGCGUGCACUUACUACGGCCAGGCGCUGCAGCGGCCCGAGCAGCUGGGGCGCCUGUGCGAGCGGCGCGACGUCCGCUACAACGCCGCCUGCGCACUCUGCCUGGCCGGGGAGGCCGGCCAGGCCUUGACACUGCUCCAGCAGCUCUUGUUGCAGCAGCAGCAGCAGCAGCAGCAGCAGCAGCAGCAGCAGCAGCAGCAGCAGCAGCAGCAGGGAAGCAGUGGGGCGUGGUUGACUGCGAGCGAUCUUGCGGCUGACAAUGACCUGGCGGCGCUGCACGGGGCGCCCGGGUUCCAGGCGGUGCUGCAGGCGCUGGCGGCCGGGCAAGGUCAGGGGUGA